CAACCUCCUUAAGUUAAUUAUUCAACCAUAACAUCUUCUUCUUCCUCACCUUCUCUUUAUAUAUAAGAACUUUCUCUGUCUUUCAUCCAUCUUAACACAAUGUACAAGCUUCAAGCUUUUUACUAUUUUCUCUUGCUUCCUCUCUUUUCCGCUUCUUCUUUGGCCUUUUCAUGGAGCCAAAACAAGAGAUUGUUCAAUCAGGCUAAGAAUUAUGAAGGUUCUUCUGACCUUGUCAAUCUUGAAUACCACAUGGGACCUGUCCUUGCUUCUCCUAUAAACCUGUAUAUAAUCUGGUAUGGCCAUUGGAAACCAACCCACCAAGCCAUUAUCAGAGACUUUAUCUAUUCAAUCUCUACCUCUUCAGUUUCUUAUCCCUCUGUUGCUGAUUGGUGGAAAACCGCCAGGCUCUACACUGACCAAACGGGCUCAAACAUUACCCGAAAUAUUUUCCUCUCAGGGGAGUUUUAUGAUUGGAGAUACUCCCAUGGCGGUUAUCUUAGUCGUUUAGAUAUGCAAAAGAUUAUCAAAAACGCUGUCACUUCACCUUCAACAGCAUUACCUCUGAAUCCCCACAAUGGUCUCUACUUAAUCCUCACCUCUUAUGAUGUUCAAGUUCAGGAUUUUUGCAGAGCAGUCUGUGGCUUCCACUACUUCACAUUUCCAACCAUUGUUGGCGUCACCGUGCCCUACGCCUGGGUUGGUUACAGUGGGAGUCAGUGUCCAGGGAUGUGUGCGUAUCCGUUUGCAUGGCCAAGCUACUCAGGGAAGCCACCACCAAGAACAAACGAAGACAGCAGCAUGAUGCAUGCGCCGAAUGGGGAUGUGGGCACCGAUGGGAUGAUUAGUGUGAUUGCUCAUGAGCUUGCAGAAGUGUCAAGCAACCCAUUGGUGAAUGCAUGGUAUGCAGGAGAUGAUCCGACAGCUCCAAAUGAAAUUGCAGAUUUGUGUUUGGGUGUGUAUGGUUCUGGUGCUGGAGGUGGGUAUGUGGGUAAAGUUUACAAGGAUUCAUGGGGAAAUGGUUUCAAUGUAAAUGGAGUGAACAGAAGGAAGUUCUUGGUUCAAUGGAUAUGGAACCCCUUGAAAAGGAGAUGUUAUGGGCCUAAUGCCAUGGAUUAGAAAGAUAAUAGACUUUGUUAUUCUGCA